CAACCGAAGCGAACCGAAAUCGACUAGGAGGUUCUAUUGACGUAAACUAAUAUGCUCGAGGGUGAAAUCAUACGUAUUUUAUUCUAAUCGCCACCUCAUAACUCCCACAGGUGUUGCGCAACACACUUGAGUUCUUGUCUUCUUGAUUUUGCCCUUUCUUUUCAGUCUUCGAGUUCGAGUAGGAAUCUUGAGCUGCUCGAGGAGUUGCUAUUUCCAUAUUCGUCAAGCUCUAGUGUCUGGCUUCACUUCGUGAUAAACCUUUGGUGCUUCUUCAUUACUUCUUUGAAUCUGAUUCUUAUAGCCGAUCAUCAUGGCAGGAGAUGGCCAUAUUGAAUAUGUGAUGAAGAAUGUUAAACCACCUACAUACGAAGAAACUUUGGAUGCUUUGUCUUCUUUAAUUACCAAACGUACUCGUGCUGAUAAGUCUACUAAGGGUGAUCAAUUCGAUGUGUUAUUCGAUUAUGUUAAGAUAUUGGAUCUGGAGGAUUCUAUUUCUCAAAUGAAGGUUAUACACGUCGCUGGUACUAAAGGAAAGGGAUCAACAUGCACAUUUACAGAAUCUAUACUGCGUAAUUGUGGGUUUCGUACUGGACUUUUCACUUCUCCUCAUCUUAUUGAUAUCCGAGAAAGAUUCCGGUUAGAUGGAGUGGAAAUAAGUGGAGACAAAUUUUUGGCGUACUUCUGGUGGUGCUUUGAACGUCUGAAGGAGAAAAGCAGUGAAGAUGUACCUAUGCCAACGUACUUUCGGUUCCUUGCGUUGCUUGCUUUCAAAAUAUUUGCAGCAGAGCAGGUGGAGGUUGCUAUACUGGAAGUUGGUUUAGGUGGAAAGUUUGAUGCUACAAAUUUGGUGCAAACACCUAUUGCAUGUGGAAUAUCUUCCCUUGGGUUUGAUCACAUGGAAAUUCUGGGCUACACCCUUGGAGAGAUUGCUGGUGAGAAAGCUGGUAUUUUCAAGCAAAAAACUCCAGCAUUUACGGUGCCUCAGCCUGCUGAAGCAAUGGGCGUGCUUGAGGAAAGGGCUUAUGAAUUAGAGGUAGCUCUCCAAGUUGCACAUCCCUUGGAUAGCAGUUUAUUAAAUGGUUUGCAACUUGGGCUUCAGGGUGAGCACCAAUACAUCAAUGCAGGUCUUGCGGUUGCCCUGUGCCGCACGUGGCUCCAAAAGAUGGGCCAUUACGAAGGCACGUAUCUGGAUCAGGCUAACUCUCUGCCCGAGCAGUUUGUCAAAGGGCUUAGAACUGCGAGCUUGCAAGGACGAGCACAGAUAGUUGCUGAUCCAUUUGUUAACGUGGAAGGCCCUGGAGAUGUGGUGUUCUAUUUGGAUGGCGCUCAUAGUCCUGAAAGCAUGGAAAUUUGUGGAAAUUGGUUUUCUCUGGCGAUCAAAGAAGAUACUCAACACUAUGGUUCCUUGAAGAAACAACCUUCUGAGAGUUCAGAUGUUUUAAAUACAGCGCUUAGGGGCCCUAAUGAGUUUCUGAGUAUGAAUUCCAUGCAGAUACUCUUGUUCAAUUGCAUGUCAGUGCGAGAUCCUCAGCUUCUUCUGCCCCGCCUAAUCCAUGCUUGUGCUAAUCACGGAGUUCACUUCCAGAAGGCUCUCUUUGUACCAAACCAGUCGGUGUAUAAUAAGGUCGGCUCUCAUGCUUUACCCUCAUCUGAUCCACAAGUUGAUUUAUCUUGGCAACUACAACUUGAAAAAGUAUGGAAAAAUCUUGUUCAUGAAGAGAAAGAGUCAACGCUAGAAGAAAGCAAGGAAGAUUGUGAACACAGUAUGAGGAAUUCCGAGACCAGUAUUGUGUUUCCUUCACUUCCCUUGGCUAUUAAAUGGCUCAUGGAUAGUGUCCAACAGAAUCGAUCAGUUCGUUUUCAGGUUCUGGUUACUGGUUCAUUGCACCUUGUGGGUGACGUCUUGAGAAUAAUCAAAAGGUAAAGUAUCUAUCAAAUAGAAAUGUGCAAUUAUGGGUUCUGAUCGUCUAAUAUAUUGAACUCGGGCACAAACAGAUGAUUUAUGUGAGAGAAAAUGAAUUAACAUGGGAACUCGGAAAAAGUGGGAUUUAUCAGAUUUGUGUUCUUGUCACUGCAAAAUAUUGGGCGUAGAAUCAUUUGCUGUAUAAUUAUCUGAUUUAUGGUUAUCUGAGUUGAGCUAAGAUGUUCCCUUUAAUUGAAUGUUUUCGUUUU